AUGGUAAGUAGGCUGUCAACUGCCUGGCGAGUUUAUGCGCAGCCUCUUGAGCAAUUUGCCUGCUUUCCUGGCUGUUGGCCUGUAAAACAUCUUUACUUUCCCGUAAGGUAAGGAAUAAAGUAAGGGACGGGCAUGUAUGCCUGCACAAAAAAAUUGCAUCAAUCAAAAUUUGUAUUUCAGCACCCUAGAGAUUAAGAAUCGGCUGCAGACGCGAUGGGUUCCAAAAUCCGGAGCAUUGAGUAUGUCCGUGCCAUCCCCGAACUUUCCUCAUCAUUCGAAAUACUCGAACGGAAGGGUCAAGGUAAGUUGGUUUUCUCCUUACGCUUCCACCUCCGCGAAGGCACAUUUGCAUCGGUCUUUACCGUCCGGAGUAAACAAGAUCCAUCCUCCGAAAUACUUGCAAUGAAAAUGAUCGUCCCAACUGUCGAACUCAGGAGGAUCGAAAAUGAAAUAAGAGCCCUUCGGCAGCUAAAGUAAGAACGUCCUUGUUGUCCACGUUGUCAGAGGCAAACACGGUGUUGUCAAGAUGCUUUCGGCCAUGCGCGUCCGUGAUCAUAUCUUCAUCCUAAUGCCCUUCGUAGAUUACAUAGCCUUUUCGGUUUGCUCUCUUUCCUCCUGUUAUCGUUUAGAAUUACUAUUUGUCAAUGAAUGAGAAGGAAAUACGCCGGUACCUGCUGCACUUAUUGCGAGCCUUGGAGCAUGUUCACCGUUUUGGCAUUAUUCACCGAGAUGUCAAACCGACAAAUUUCCUUCUUGACAGACAUUCGCGUCGGUAGAUGUUCAUCUUCCAUAAUAUUGACCUAGUUUUUCAGCUACACGCUCGUCGAUUUUGGCUUGGCCCACUCGCAAACUCACGGUGAUUUGGAUGCCAACUGGAAUCCGUCAAAUGACAAUCAGCCGACCAUAUCACCUGCACUUUCGAGUCGGGAACCCAAAAGCACGUUUAAACGCCUUAGAAUCAGAUGUCCGGGUGAGGUAGGUUGUGUGUUGUGUUUUUUUCUCACAGUCCUCGUGUCGUCAUGUUGAAACCGGCUAAAUAUACCUAGUUUGUUUCCUAUCCAUGUUAUCUGCGAUCUCUGCGGCUUUGGCUGUAUAACGCAUCUUGUAUAGCCGUACUAAUUUUUCCCGACGGGCCAUUGCGUACUGCAUGUGCGAUCGCUUAUCCUUUUUACCAUAAACAAGUCGAGAUGCGUGAAUCCAGGCGUGUUUGGCGUCGUAGAACGAAUGAACAUAAUGGAUGUUAGCCCGAUCCGACUUUGCAUAGUGAGUGUUUACGAAGUUGGCGACACAGCGUCCUCCAGAAACCGCCAUCUAGAUCGGCUAUCUUUUCAUAUAUCUUCGAGUGUAGAUUGCUAACUGACCUUACACAGUUAUCAGAAAAGUCUUAACGGGAAUAGAAGCACAGGUGCAAAAUGCAGCACUGCAAUUAAACCUCUGAGAGUGGUUAAUCGGACCUAGUUCCAUAUUUCAUGCUGCUCAUCAGUGUCGGUAGUGACGUACAUAAAAUCGAACCGCAUAAUGUACCAACUUCCUUAUCAAUCGUUCGCAAUUUCUCCUGACAGACGCCACUUGCCGUUUUAAUUUCAUGGAAAAUAUCGGCGAACACGUUCUGCAUGGUAGAACUGCCACUGUAUAAAUUUUUUGUCGAUGAGGUAGCAAAUAAAGGAAACGUGUGAAUCUCGGUGGAUUUUUGACAUCAUUUCUGAUCUUUCUGUUAUUUGAAUCACCUGUAAUCCUAGUCAGCAUUAAACCGAAGGAUUUACACACUGUUCUUGGCUGAACUGUUGUCGCGAAGGCCCUCAGGAUAGUUUAACCUUUUACUUUCCACUAUUUCGUAUUUCACAGGAUUUCGGUUCUGCCAAAGUUGCUCGCAUGCACGAAGGCUUUGGUAGCCCGAUACUUUUCAACACAGGGGCUGGUGUAAAUGAGAAACCGCCUAUCAAGCCUCCUACCUACCCGAGAUUGAAUGCCUCUAGCGGCGUCGGUGGCAGUAUUCCUGGCUCCAGUGUCAUUCUCCAGACCACUGCGUCCACAACGUCCGUUGUCACUGCCGCCUCCUCCUCUACAGAAGUCCGGUGCUGCUGUGGACAUCGUCUGACCGUCUGUCGUGGUUGCCGGGCGCUCCCGAAAGCACCGGCUGCUCGCCGCGGGGGUACUUUGGGCUUUCGACCACCUGAGGUCAUGCUUCGCUGCACAGACCAGACCACGGCUAUCGACUUGUGGGCCGUAGGCGUAAUUUUCCUCUCCUUCCUUACGGGCCGUUAUCCUUUUGUCAAGGUGAAUGAUGAUUUGGAAGUUUUGCACGUCUUCACCCACCUUCUUGGCUACGAAAGAAUGCAGCGCGGCGCGCACAGUGUGGGCAGACGUCUGUUGGUCGACCCAAAACCCGCACCUCUGGGUGACACGGAGACGCCCUUGUCGUUUUUGAAAAAACGGUCAGCCUUCUGUUCAAUCUAUGGUCCUUACCUCCCUCCUUAGGUUCAUCAAAAUUUUUUUACGAUAAUUUAACGGAUAAUACUGACAUCUUCACUGCGCUGCAGUAAACGGUCUUUGUUACAUACCUGUCUGAUUGAUCAUCUUGACUCCAUGAAUAAGGUAAUCGACAGCAUUCCCAUCUCGCUGUGGUAUUUAUGAGCUGCUGUAUUUUGCAAAUUGUCCUUUAGAUUUUAUGCGACAGUUAUUAAGGAAGUGAGUCUAAACUUUAGCCUCCUACACUUUCCAACCGCUUAGCGCUGUUACUGUUGACUUACCUCCAGAUUCUUUAGUGCUCGGGUUCUUUUGGCCGCCAGACUUCACGACCGGGCUUCCCGUUACCAGCAGCUUUGAAUUCGAACCAAACGCGAGAUAAUAUUUGCGGGCGAUUGUCUGCGGCACCCUUUGGUGUAGAGAGCUGUUCUUAAGGCUUAUCUGAGGGGGUCCGGUGAACUCGACGUUUCUGGACCAAUCAAACAGUCGCUGACUAUCCCAUGCCAGAUAAUUUAAGGUUUUCUAUAGUUGUAACUGUUAGUUAUUAUAUUCGUUCAGCCGAAAAUAUCAAAAGAAGGGUGUCUCUAGAUUGUUCUCUCAACCAUCCAUAUAUCCCAGGCAUUUUAUCCGUUAAGCCGAUGGUGGGUGUUUACGUUUUUCGUCACGGUACCCUUUUUAACCGAACAAGUUUACAGCUAUCUCUUAACCUCGUGUCCCUCCUGGUUAUACUGAUAGCUUGCGUCUUCUGACGCGAUUUUAGCACGCGAUAGAUGCUCUAUUGCUCUGCCAUUUUUCUAACAUAACACGCCCUCAACCACAUCCUUCCCCUUCACCCCCAUCCGCGUGUAGAUUAAUUGCGAUUCGCAAGCUGGAGCGGCGCCUGGUAGCGCCGCCGCCCCCUCUGGCAGUCCCAACCGGAGAUCCGAAAGCAUCCUCUCCCAAUUUCGUCAGCACGUCGUCGGCGCUAAUUGCACUCCCCAAUACACAUCGAUUCCCCUCUUUCGCCUACGACCUCGUAGCGCGGUUGCUGGAACCUUCGCCAAGCCGUCGUAUUACUGCCACCGACGCCCUUCAGCAUCCCUACAUCAGUGGCAAGUGCUCUCAGCCCAGGAAGCCUCCUCCGCCUCCGUCAACCGUUGCUCCGCCCAUAUUUUCCCUCCCCCAACCCCGUCCUCCCUAG